CCUGCCUCACGCUCCGCCCUCCACUGUGCCCGUCAGUCGGCGCUCCUGGGCCGCGGUUUGCAGCCCGGCUCCUGGGCUCAAUUAUCUCUCCGUUCGGGACGGGCUUCUGCGGGUUUGCGCCUCGUGGGAGGAUGGAGGCGGCGCCGACGCUGCCGGUGUCUUGCGGGCUGUGAUGGACGUUUUCAGCCCCGAUGAUUCAACGUCAUUUAAUCCAAGAGGAAUGACUCCGUGAAUUGACAGCAAUUUCCUGCCACUGCCAUGAAGUUUAUUGGAGUACUUGGCAAACUAUGCUGGGAUGUUUCAUCCUGUUUGAGAUUUUUUUCUAAAUGAACAACGAGAAAGAAAUGCUAUCCUUCAUAAAGGAUCGACUCUGUUAAUUUUUAAUCCUUGAAAAACCGAAGUUGUGUAUUACAUCUGAAUCCAUCUGACCAAAAACAAAGAUAGAGUAAUCAUGGCUUCUGUUUGGAAACGAUUACAACGUGUAGGGAAACAUGCAUCCAAAUUCCAGUUCGUGGCUUCAUACCAAGAAUUAAUGGUGGAGUGCACAAAGAAGUGGCAACCUGACAAACUUGUGGUGGUUUGGACAAGACGAAGCAGACGGAAAUCAUCAAAGAUUCAUAGUUGGCAACCGGGAAUUAAAAACCCAUAUCGAGGAGUUGUAGUAUGGCCGGUUCCUGAAAACAUUGAAAUCACUGUGACACUUUUCAAGGAUCCUCAUGCUGAGGAAUUUGAAGACAAAGAAUGGACAUUUGUUAUAGAAAAUGAGUCACCUUCAGGCCGUAGGAAAGCCCUUGCCACCAGUAGCAUUAACAUGAAGCAAUAUGCUAGUCCCAUGCCCACACAGACAGAUGUAAAGCUGAAAUUCAAGCCUUUAUCUAAAAAAAUUGUUGCUGCCACACUGCAAUUUUCUUUAUCUUGCAUUUUCCUGAGGGAAGGCAAAGCAACGGAUGAGGAUAUGCAAAGCCUGGCUAGUCUUAUGAGUAUGAAACAAGCUGACAUAGGAAACUUAGAUGACUUUGAGGAAGAAAAUGAAGAUGAUGAAGAAAACAGAGUGAAUCAAGAAGAAAAGUCAGCAAAAAUCACAGAACUUAUCAAUAAACUCAACUUUUCAGAAGAAGACCCAGUUGUCACAGGACUUAAUCCAUUUGAAGAUGUUGAUGCCCAGGGAUCAAACCCAUUUGGAGACCCAGAUGAUGAACCUGAUAUGGAAGACAGAAACAUUGGAACAACAUCUACUGAAAGACCAGAAGGAUUCUUGUUUGAUAAUGACCCUAAUAACCCUUUUAAUGAACAAGAGUAUGAUAACUCGCUCAAUCCAUUUGAUGAUGUGAAUGAUCCUCAGCAUGACAGGAUUCUUGAAAACAGGGCAGAACAGACCGAACCACCAAAACCUGCAAAAAGACAGAAUGUCAAACCAGUGGACAUGAGCAAGUACCUCUAUGCUGAAACAACCAGACCAGAGGAGGAGGAAUUAGAUGAAUCUAAUCCAUUCUACGAGCCGAAGGCAUCAAAUAUUAAUAGGAAUCAGCCCACAUUCAUGACGGCUUCAGUACAGCAGCAUGAGACAGAAAAAAGGACAAAAAGGAAAGCUCCAUCACCUCCAGCACCUGACACUAUACCUACACCAAAGACAGAAACUGUAAAGGAUCACAUGAAGCCUGCUGUUAUGAAGGAUCUAACUACUUCACCAAAGCCAAGCCCAAUCCCAAGCCCUGUUCUGGGUAAAAAGCCAAAUGCUACUCAAUCACUGCUUGCCUGGUGCAAAGAAGUGACAAAAAGCUACAGAGGGGUGAAAAUUACAAACUUCACCACUUCAUGGAGAAAUGGACUGGCUUUCUGUGCUAUUCUGCACCAUUUCCGAUCAGACUUAAUUGACUACAAAUCUCUGAAUCCUCAAGAUAUUAAAGAAAACAAUAAAAAGGCUUAUGAUGGUUUUGCAAGCCUGGGAAUAUCACGUUUAUUGGAGCCUGCUGAUAUGGUUUUGUUGGCCAUUCCUGAUAAACUGUCUGUUAUGACCUACCUUUAUCAAAUAAGGGCACAUUUCAGUGGGGAGGAACUAAAUGUUGUGCAGAUUGAAGAAAACAGCAGUAAAAGCAAAUACAAAGUUGGUAACUUUGAAACUGAUACAAACAGCUCUAUUGAUCAGGAGCAAUUUUAUGCAGAGAUAAAUGAAGUUAAACCAGUUGCACCACAGCCUAGUGACAUUUUACUUGAUGCUUCAUCUCAGGAAAAAGCUAUCUUCAUCAGUGAUGUUGCUGGCGAGUCACAAAGUCAACAUCAGACAACUGAUGGUCAUUUGAAUAUAAAUGCAACAAUAUCUUCCUCACAAAGAACUAAAACUGAUGCUGAGGUGCAUAUUCAUAACCUUCAUGAACAGAAUAGUGUAAGAAGUUCUGCAUUGGAGGAUAACAGAAAAAAUGAAAACAUAGAAGAAUCACUGCCACAAGAGAAAGUACUGCCGUCAUUUAACAAAAGAAAACUAUUGAAAGUAGAUACUACUGUCCUAAAUGACUUGUCAAAUGACAGUGAUGAAAAGGAAUAUAAAGUACCAUCACCUGUAUAUGAAGAUACUGUAACAGAAAGACACAAAAUUUCAGGAAACACUAGUGGCAGCUAUGACCAUGAGCAUGGGAAGCCUCAGUAUUCAGAGAGUACAAAGAGCAGAAGUCCAGAACCCAGUUCUCCUGUUCGAAGAGCCAUCACACCUCCAGUCCAUAAAUUGGGUUUCUGUUACAACAGGGAUACAGAUCUCAUUAAGAAAAAACCUGCAACAUUGCAAUAUUCAGAAAAUGAACCAUCAGCAGAAAAUGUCAGCACACAUUUGAAUCAUUCAGGUCAACAGAACCAAAAUGUAGAGCUCAACUCUUCCCGACAAAUGGAAGAAGUCACUGAAGAAAAGAGAAUAGCAACAAGGCAAGAAGAACUUAAAGAACGAGCAAGACUUCUUCUGGAGCAAGCCAGGAGGGAUGCAGCUUUAAAAGCAGGAAAUAAACAACUGGCUUUCCAACCAAUCACACCAACUCAAAACAAGCAUUUGAGUGAGCAUCAAGAUGAAGAGCGACGACGUCAGUUGAGAGAGAGAGCUCGUCAAUUAAUUGCAGAAGCUCGAUCUGGAGUUAAGAUGUCUGAUCUCCCAAGCUACAAUGAACUGUCUACAGAAAAGUUGAAGGAAAGAUCAAAGACUGUUGGAGAUGAUAGUACUGGGGUAGAUACUAAUGAGGAAGGCAAUGAAUGCUCUAUUUUGGGAGGUGGAGAGGAACACACUAACCAUGAAACUGACCUUGAUUCUUUUGGACGUCAAAGUAGCAUGUCGGUUGACAUGAAGCUUAAGAAACUCUUAGAGGCCCAACCGCAGGUGACAAAUUCACUUUCAACUGCUGUUCAGAAAGCUUCACUUGAUGGUGUGGCACAGGAAGAACUGAAGAAUGAAAUGGAGGAAAAUCGAGCUGAGCGAUUGCGUAAAGCUACCGAACGUUUGCGGAGUCCUGUGAUGUUCAGUAAAGAUUCAGCUGUGAGGCGAACUCAUCUUCAGUCAUUUAGUCAGUAUGUGGAAAGCAGACCAGAGAUUAAAAGGCAGAGAUCAAUACCAGAAGAUGCAAAGAAAGGAAAUGAGGAGAGGAUGGAAAUAUGUGAAACAACUCCAAGAAAGCCACCAGAAGAUGAAUUAUUUAGUAAAGGGUUCAAAGACACGAGUCAGUAUGUUGUCGGAGAAUUGGCAGCGCUGGAGAAUGAGCAGAAACAAAUUGACACACGGGCCGCAGUAGUGGAGAAGCACCUUCGCUAUCUCAUGGACACAGGGAACAAUAAAGAGAAGGAGGAAGCAAUGAUGCAAGAGUGGUUCGUGUUGGUGAACAAGAAGAAUGCCCUGAUAAGACGUCAAAAUCAACUUUCACUUCUGGAAAAAGAGCAUGAUCUUGAGAGACGCUUUGAGCUGCUAAAUAGAGAACUACGAGCUAUGCUUGCAAUAGAAGAUUGGCAAAAAACGGAAGCACAGAAGCGGCGCGAACAGCUUCUGCUGGAUGAACUAGUUAUUCUGGUUAACAAACGGGAUGCACUUGUCCGAGAUUUAGACGCGCAAGAGAAGCAGGCAGAAGAAGAAGAUGAGCAUUUGGAACGAACUCUCGAACAAAACAAAGGCAAAAUCGUCAAGAAAGAAGAUAAAUGUGUGCUUCAGUGAGACGACGCAAUAUGUGGACCUAUCUCACGUAGAACUCUUCAUGACACACUGAAAUAAAGCAUUGCGAUGGCAUUGGAAUGAUACAGUGUCAGACGUAUCGUCGGAAAUUCUGUACUGUUUUAUGUUAACAGCAUUUAAUUGUCCCAAGCCGUACGUCCGUGUAUUUGGCUGCAUUCAUUGCUUUUAUGAAAUUGUAUUUUGGAAAAAAAACUAAGUGUAAUUGUUUUAUUUGUAUCAGUGUCAUUUGAUCUUUAUCCGAUAUAGUUGGGAAAUGUCCGUACCAAAGGAAAAAUUGUUACAAAUGUACUCGAAUCAACUUUUUUCUUCAGUGCGGAGAUUAGUUUUAACGCUGCUUUACCUAGUUUGCGGCCAAUUCGCUUUCGAAUUGAUUUUUUUAAAAAUCGGCUUUGGAAUACUCUGGCCCAGAAAGGAAGGUCUGGGAGGGUUGGUAAAAAACCAACCUCCAGGAAGAGUGGACUUUAAACUAGAAUCAUGCAGAUUAGGGCCGAAGUAAAUUCAGAAUCCACAGGUUUCUCGCAGAAAGUUGAAAAAAAAUUGGUCGCCAGCUUCUUUGUACUUCCAAAAUACCUUGGAUUGUAACUUUUCGGCUGCUUCACGUUCUAAAAUUCUAAAACAAAUAUGUAAACGUCUAAAUGUUGAUGCUUGCUAGUUGCUGCGUUUCAAAAAAUGCAAGGUUUUCACUGAGAAGUUGAAAGUUUCAUUUGAACUGUAGAGUCGAUGGAGAUUUCAAUUAUAUAAAUAUAUAAAUAGCAAGAUUAUACGGAACGGCCAUGUUGUAAAUGAUUGUCUCUUAAAGCUAGUUUUAGUUGGAACUCUUUAAAGGGCUGAUAAACGAGCACCAAUUAGUGAAAUUGACCCUCUCAUGUUUUAGGGGCGUGUAUUUAUUGCCCUGAACAACGCACUGUAAUUGCUUGAGUUCCAGCUUUUUGUUGAAAUCGAGGCCGUUGUUAUUUGUACUGAAAGGGAGCAGUUCUUUAGGAGCCUAAAAUUACCCUUAGUACAAAUUUCUGAAUAAGUCUAAGGUCGGAUGUUGUUUGUGGGAAGAAAUAUUUCUCUUUAUUUAUUCCAGGGUCGUUAUGAAUCCUCAAUAAAAAGUGAACUUUUAAACA